UCAUUGUCGAUCGGUCGGCUGUUUUUGUUAUGAUUCCAUGGAGUUUCAUGAAAGCGGUCGAAAGAUUUCAUUAGCGGACAAAAAUCCCGGAUUUUCAUCGUAAUGUCACAUAAUCAUCCACAUGGCCACGGUGGGGCCUGUGCGCAUGAAGCGCUCGGCAUAGAAGACGAACUGGAGAUGGGCAUCCAGUACAGUUUGUACGAGAAAAUCGACACGAUCAAUGUGGAGUGCUUGAACGAAGAAGUCGAAGGAUCUGGAAAGACGGUGUUCAAACCCUACAGUCAACGGCUAGAUUUCGACAAGCAUGUUACCAGCGAUGCUGAUGAGGAGCUGCUUUUCAACAUACCGUUCACCGGAAAUAUCAAACUGAAGGGAAUCAUUGUAGUGGGCACCAAUGACGAUGGCCAUCCAAAGAAGAUGAGAUUAUUCAAAAACCGACCAAAGAUGACCUUUGAUGAUGUAGGAGCUCCGGCGGAUCAAGAGUUUGAACUGGAACGGGAUCCGAACGGUGUUAUCGAAUAUUCCACUAAAGUUGUUACAUUCUCAUCGGUACAUCAUCUAUCCAUUCAUUUCCCAACCAACUACGGAGACUCGAACACCACCGUGUACUACAUUGGACUGAAGGGAGAGUUCACGGAGGCACACCAUCACGGGGUGACAAUCUGCACAUAUGAGUCUGCUCCGAACGCUGCCGAUCACAAGGGUGAUCUUUUCGAUUCGGUGAAUCGACCGAUAUCCUAGGAAGGUUGUUGUGGCUGCUCAUAUAAUGCCGUGAAUUGUGGAGUAACUAAGUUUUGAUAUAAUAUUAUUACAUUGUUUAUAAAAUAAAGUCUGAUUAUUGCAUUGAAAAUUUC